CUAAACCAAGUUGCGAUGCUUUCUGCCGUGCAUCUGUAGAAGUCGGUCAGAGUCAUUGGAGACAUGCCAAUUCCUGUUCACUUGGUCUUCUGAGGAGGUAGAGAUAUUGCUGUGGGUUUCCUGGUUGUGGCAUUCAGUACAAAUUGUUGAUGAUAUGUAUGCCAAGGAACUUCCCCAUUUGCACUUCAGCACUGUUGCUGUUGACCGGAGCAAGUACACCACCCAGCUCUCUGAAGUCCAUGCAUAACCUUCAUUUUGCAGACAUUGAGGGAGAGGUUGCUAUCUUGACACUACGUGUUACUCAGCUCUCUAUCUAUCUCCUUCCUGUACUUUGUCUUGUCAUAUUUCGAGAUCCAGCCCAACUCGACAGUAUCGUGUGCAAACUUGCUAAACGCAGUUGGAGCAGAAUUUGGCUGCAAGUGUAAAUGUAAUGGUCAGAAAAUUUUAGGAAUGCUUUAGGUGUUGAAUUGCUGCAUGAAUCUCCAUAGAAAUAACAGUACAGGUGGGUAGAAGAAUGAAGGAAUUCUCAACAUGAAUGUGCAUGUUGUUCUCCCGACAGCAGUUAGACGGCAUGUAGCUAUUCUCACCAGUAUCUUGUGCUUCUUCUGGAAGAGAGGAUGUUCCUUGCAAGCUACCAAAGGAGAACGCCCUGCCUUGUGGGAGGAUUUGACAAAGGGAACUGAAAAGAAUGGGGCAGAAUGAAGCUCGACAUGCAGAGGAUUUAGAGAAUGAACUUGAUGGCAGCUUAUUAGAUCUGAAGACUCUGGUUGAAAACCAACUACAAACAGCCAUGAUGAUGGGAGUAUUAUUGGGGGCUGGUGUGGCAAUCGUUCUGAUUGCCACCACCAUUCUCCUUGUUCACAGGCGGUUGCAGGAGAGAAAGAUCCAAGCUCAGGAAACUCCCAAAUACAGAUUCCGAAAACGUGAUAAAGUGAUGUUCUAUGGCCGUAAGAUCAUGAGAAAGGUGUCCCAAUCCACAUCUUCCUUUGUUGGAACUUCGAUAAGGCAAAAGUUCAAAAGGAAACAAAAAAUGCUGAUCAUUGCAAAACGGUUCUUGCACAUUGUUAAAGAUCUUCCAACCCUACAGCCAAAGGAGCCUCCACCUUCCGUUCUCGAGGCAGAUUUAACUGAAUUUGAUGUUGCCAGCUCACACUUGCCUUUGGAAGUUCUGUACAUGCUGAAAAACGUCAGAGUUCUGGGCCAUUUUGAGAAGCCGUUGUUUCUGGAGCUGUGUAAACACAUGGUCUUCCAGCAAUUUCAGCAAGGGGAGUAUGUCUUCAAACUGGGACACGCGGACAACUGCAUCUACGUGGUACAGGAUGGCAAACUGGAGCUCAGUCUGAUGGGACCUGAUGGUAAAGAAAGCGUGGUAAAGGAGGUUUUCCCUGGUGAUAGUGUACACAGUUUGCUCAGCAUUCUUGACGUCAUUACCGGUCACCAACGGCCAUACAAAACUGUGUCAGCCCGAGCUACUGAAGUAUCAACUGUGCUCUGCUUGCCCGUGGAAGCCUUUCAGGCAAUUUUUGAGAAGUAUCCAGAAAGUUUGGUGAGGGUGGUGCAGAUCAUCAUGGUGAGGCUGCAGAGAGUGACGUUCGUAGCUUUACACAACUAUCUGGGCCUGACUAAUGAACUGUUCAAUCAGGAGAACCAGCCUUCGCGCCUGGCUCCACUGCCGAACUCUGCCACUCGCAUGAGCCCUGUGCGACACAGACAGUUCAAUAGUACAUCGCUUGCUGAUGAUCAGAAGGAUGCAGCUGGGAAGUCAAACUCUGAUGCAGGUAUGACCAUGGACCCUGCUUUAAAGGAGCUCCCUGACUUCCUGUAUGUAGCACUGUUUAAAAUCGAUUCCGAGUGCGAUGACGCAGAUAGCUUAGGGAGCAGGAAAGCCCUCCGACGCCGUUCCUUGCUGAAGGGAGAGCGCGGCAAGGCAGCUAAGGAGAGACGGCCAGGUGCAGAUUUAGUUAAUCAGGAUGGAGCCCAAUAUCAGGAGACAUCACAAACACAGGAUCCAUCAGGCCAGGAAAACGGCAAACAGGAAUGGUCCAAAUCAAAGCCAUCGAGACGCGUCACCAUUGCCACCGUCCAACCGCCUCCUGAUAGAUUAGUUCAGGAUGAGGAAAGUUCGGGUGAGGAAAAGGUAGAUCUGCAGAGGCCAAAAGCGCAAGCAAGCUCAAAUCGCUAUGAUGAAUGCCAGACAUGCAGCGUAGGGACCGAGGGACCAAAGGCACAGACUUCAGAGAACAACCGGGCUGCCUUGCUGAGCCGCUGUAUAUCCAUGCCAGUGGACAUUUCGGGAAUACACAAAGGAAUGUGUUCAGAUUUUGAUAUGGCCUACGAGCGUGGGAGGAUCUCAGUGUCUCUGCAAGAGGAAUUGCCAUUUAGCCCUUCAUUUAGCAGAUCAGCACCACACGAUACCAGGGAACGCAGGUCCGUGACCAUGGAGGGCCAACCCUCCUCCGUGCACCUUUACCCCGAGGAUGAACCAGAUGACAUUGAUGGAGCAUUUCAGGUGAAGCACGUUGGAACCAUUUUCGAGGAGGCAAAGCAGGAGCUCUUGAAGUUGAUGCGGAUUGAGGAUCCAUCACUACUUGACAACCGAGUAACGCUGCACCAUGCCAAAUGUGGGAGUCUGCUCGCCCGUGAAGGGGAUCAGGACGUCAGUUUACAUUUUGUGUUGUCCGGCUGCCUGCACAUUUAUCAGCGGACGAUCGACAUGGAGGAUGAUGUGUGCUUAUUUGUGACCUACCCUGGUGAGAUGGUGGGCCAGCUCGCCGUCCUAACUGGGGAACCUCUGAUCUUCACCAUCAAAGCAAACCGUGACUGCAUCUUCCUCAAGAUCUCCAAAUCCGACUUCUACGAGAUAAUGCGUGAACAGCCUAAUGUGGUCCUCAGCACUGCACACAAUGUGGCUGUCAGAAUGUCUGCAUUUGUCCGUCAAAUGGACUUUGCAAUUGAUUGGAUGGCAGUGGAAGCAGGCCGUGCCCUCUACAGGCAGGCUGACCGAUCGGACUGCACUUACAUUGUGCUGAACGGACGCCUGCGAUCGGUGAUCCGAAAGGCCAAUGGCAAGAAGGAGCUAGUGGGAGAGUAUGGACGUGGAGAUCUAAUCGGAGUGGUGGAAGCCCUGACACGCCAGCCCCGAGCCACCACGAUGCAUGCCGUCCGCGAUUCGGAACUGGCCAAGUUGCCCGAAGGGACGUUGAACAACAUCAAAAGGAGGUAUCCUCAGGUAGUCACUCGGUUAAUUCAUCUGCUGGGUCAGAAGAUCCUCGGGAACCUGCAACAAGUACACGGGCCAUUUCCAGGCUCCAGUUUGGGACUGUCGACAGCCAGCAGUGCUGAUGUCACGAACCCAACCAGUAACCUCUCCACCGUGGCUGUGCUUCCCGUCUGCGAUGAGGUGCCGAUAUCUGCCUUUGCCAUGGAACUGACGCAUGCACUCAAUGCCAUCGGCCCAACAUUGCUGAUGACCAGUGAUAUCAUUAGACAACGCCUUGGUGCAUCAGCAUUGGACAGCAUCCAUGAGUACCGUCUCUCAGCAUGGCUGGCCCAGCAGGAAGACCUACAUCGGAUCGUGCUGUACCAGACUGACUACAGCAUGACGCCUUGGACCCAACGCUGUAUUCGACAAGCUGAUUGCAUCUUGAUAGUUGGUCUUGGAGAUCAGGAACCCUCCUUGGGACUGCUGGAGCAGAUGUUGGAGAACACAGCAGUGCGAGCACUGAAGCAACUCAUCCUGUUGCACAAAGAGGAUGGCCCCAGUCCUUCCCGGACCGUCGAAUGGCUGAACAUGAGGAGCUGGUGCUCCGGGCACUUCCAUAUCAAGUGUCCACGCAGAAUCUUCUCACGUCGGAAUCUUCAAAAAUUGACGGAGCUAUAUGAGAAUGUCUUUCAGAAACCCGUGGACCGACACAGUGACUUCUCCCGGCUGGCCCGGAUCCUGACGGGGAACACAAUUGCAUUGGUGUUGGGAGGAGGAGGAGCCAGAGGAUGCUCGCAUGUGGGUGUAAUAAAAGCCAUGGAGGAGAGUGGAAUCCCAGUCGAUAUCGUUGGUGGAACGUCCAUUGGGUCAUUUAUUGGCGCAUUGUACGCAGAGGAGCGGAGUGCAGUGGGGACCAAGCAGAGAGCGAAGGAGUGGGCAAACGCCAUGAAUUCUGUCUUUAAAACAGUGUUAGACCUGACCUACCCCAUCACAUCGAUGCUCUCUGGCUCUGCUUUCAACACGAGCAUUGCUGAUGUCUUUGAGGAUAAACAAAUUGAGGACCUGUGGAUCCCGUAUUUCAAUGUGACGACUGAUAUUACUGCGUCUGCAAUGAGGGUGCAUAAGGAUGGCUCGCUGUGGCGGUACGUGCGAGCUAGCAUGUCCCUCUCGGGAUACCUGCCGCCACUCUGUGACCCCAAGGACGGACACUUGCUCAUGGACGGAGGAUACACCAACAACCUGCCAGCUGAUAUCGCCAAAACGAUGGGUGCCAAAACAGUCAUUGCUAUUGAUGUGGGAAGCAGGGAUGAAACCGAUUUGUGUAACUAUGGAGACAGCCUGUCGGGAUGGUGGUUGCUUUGGAAACGCCUAAAUCCAUGGGCAGAAAAAGUCAAAGUCCCAGACAUGUCAGAAAUCCAGUCACGACUAGCUUACGUGUCCUGUGUCCGACAGUUGGAGGUGGUGAAGAGCAGCGCCUACUGUGAAUACAUCCGCCCACCUAUUGACAGGUUUAAAACCAUGGACUUUGGCAAGUUUGAUGAAAUAUAUAAUCUCGGCUACCAGUACGGGAAGGUGGUGUUCGGCAACUGGAACAGAGGAGACAUUAUCGACAAGAUGCUGAAGGACAGAAAGUCAGUUGACUACUCCGAAAUCAAGAAGAAGAAUGCCUUUAUGUCCUCCAACGCUGCGUUCACUGACCUCGCUGAGAUUGUGUCUCGAAUUGAGCCUCCAAAGACCUACAACUUGGCUGACGAAGAGUCCGAUUAUCUGACUGAGUAUGAAGAUGAUAUAAUGGAUGCAAUGAGGGAUGAAGAUGACGAAGAGUUACAGGACAACGAGGAGCUGGAUGAUCAUGAAUAUCCUGACCAAGGCCAUUCUGCUAUGGAGUGGAACAUGGACCCGGAUGAAGAAACGGAUCUCAGAAACCGCAGGCCUGGUGGCAUUGGCAGCGAUCCGGCAAGCCCCUCUCCAUCCAACAGUGAAGUUUAAACACGGUUGAGGCGGCCCUGCACUGCGCGCUUACCAGAACAUACAACCCACAGUUCAAUAAUGGAGCUAAGCUAAGCAAAGGAAUCUACAAAAUUAUGCUGUUGAACGAGGGGCAUCUUACCCGGUGGUCUGGGAAUUACUGUUGCUUUUUUAUAUUACACAUCCUUCCUCCUCUUUCAUUGCAAGAGCGGUUAAUAAGAAGCGGCCAGGGUACGGAUGGCACCGACCGACAUCUGCAGUCGGUGGAGUUUGUGGUUACUUGUGAUGUUCCUGUUUAAUCGGGAAUUGGUCCGCUUGUUCGGGUUUUCCCCUAGGGGGAAGUGUGAGGGGAUAUCGGGAGACCCACCACAGGGGUCUAGUCUGUCUGUUCCCUGUUGCCCUCCUCUCCGGCCCCACCACCAACACAUGCUGAGCUGGGCUGGGCUGGGCUGGGCUGGGCUUGCCUGCUCCGUGAAGCUUGGCUGCCGUUACUGCUGCAAGAAACACACAGGGAAAAGAAACUGAGUUGUAAGCGUUGCACCGAUUGCUGGUGGACGGCUUUGCUGACUGCUCACCGUAAGCCCCCGCGAUAAUUCUGCCCGCGAUCGGUGGUCCCACUGUACAGAGAUGAAGCACAAACUCUCAGCUCAGACGGUGUGCUUGUGUAGGAAGGAAAUUGCAGACGUUGCUUUACACUAAAGAUAGACACAAAGUGCUGGAGUAACUCAGCUGGUCAGGCAGCAUCUCUGGAGAAAAUGGAUAGGUGACGUUUUGGCUCGGAACCCUUCCACAGACAAAGAUAGAGGUUAGGGGUGGGCAGCUUUAAAGCCCUGUCCCCAUGGUACGAGUUCAUUCCAAGAGCUCUCCCUGAGUUUGCCCCGAUUCGAACUCGGAGAUUUACGGUAAUGGCCACUCGUCGGUACUCGGGGCUCUCGUGGACUUUUUUCAUCAUGUUGAAAAAUCUUCACGAGUCUUCCCGUGCUUACCUGCCGUUAGCGAGUCUUCCCGAGUACCUGCCGUUGGCGCUAAGAGACGUCCCUGAGCUCCGACGUACCCGCUACGUUCAUUCUCCGUGCUUACCACGAGUUUGAUUUUUUUUAAACUUGGGAGAGAUCUUGGAAUGAACUCGUACCGUGGGACAGGGCUAUUACAACCCAGCCGUAUGAACGGUGAUAUCUCUAAUUUCGUAACCCCUGCACACCCUCCCCCCUCCUCUCUCCCCAUCAUCCCCCACCCCACCCAGUUCCACAGUUUGCAUGCUUGUAUCCUUCACUCCGUUGUCUGCAACCACACUCUGGCAGCUCCUGCGAUGGCGCUGGUGCCAAACUGUAAGGCCCUGUUGUUCCUUUGGAUCAAUCAGCGACGUGGAGAGGGGAGACGUGCUGCAUGGGCAACAGCCUGUCCUCCAUAUGACAUCGAUCGCCCAGGCUUGCAUUAACAGCCUGUCCUCCAUAUGACAUCGAUCGCCCAGGCUUGCAUCCAACCAGGAUGCAUCACCCAUGGCCUACUACUGUCCCUCACAUCUUCCCCCGCCAACAAUGGGCCAUUGUGGGCUCCAUCCUUGGUGCCAGUCCUGUUUUGUUCUGCCGGUUUCCCACCUCCAGCUUCCACCCUCCUCGUCCGCUGCUACCGUUUAGUCUGAAGUAGGUGUCCGACCCUCUCUGUGCUGUGGGAGGAGGCGGUUCGUGGGGUGCCUGGUGGUGAAGGUUGCGCUGAGAGUGCAGGAGGGUGAGGCAGGGAGGGUCACUGCUCAGCUGCCAGAGUUUCUGGGCCAGUACUUCCCUCUCUUUGCCUUCACCCUGGAGAGAGUAAACAACACAAGAGACAGACACAAACAGUUCCUGGUUUAUACUGAAGAUAGGCACACAGUGCUGGAGUAACUGACCGGGUCAGGCAGCAUCUCUGAAGGAAAAGGAUGGGUGAUGUUUCAGGUCGGGAUCCGUCUACAGACUGGAACUACAGUUUUUCAGGCUUCUUCAGGAUGGUUCUCUCAGGGUUUUUGUUGCAAUCGCUAUCAAAUCAACUGCAGCCUGAUGGAAAUCUUGACCCGAAACGUCACCCAUUCCUUUUCUCCAGAGAUGCUGCCUGACCCGCUGAGUUACUCCGGCACUUUGUGUCUUGUUUUGUAAACCAGCGCCUGCAUUUCCUCGGAUGGGAAAGGGCUCGUGCUCGGACAGCGUUGAUAUCUUGUCACCAUGUGCGGGAGGGAACUGCAGAUGCUGGUUUACACCGAAGAUAGACACAAAAUGCUGGAGUAACUCAGCGGGACAGGCAGCAUCUCUGGAGAGAAGGAAUGGGUGACGUUUCGGGGUCGGGGUCGAAAUACUUCAGACUGAAAGUUAGGUGGAGUGGAGGGAAUUUGUGUGAAUCUACCCGAUAUACCUGUGUGGGUACAUUGUCUAAUGUUGGUAAGGUUGAAACAGGGCAGGUGGAUGGUGCUCUCAGGGCACCAGAUUUUUGCUACAAAUGCGAUUAAUUUUGCAUAGAUGUUGACUGGAGAUACUGCAGGUGCUGAUUCACAAAGUAAGACACAACGUGCUGGAGUAAUUCAGCGGGAUCGGGAUGCUUGCCUGAGCCACUGAGUUACCCCAGCACUUUGUGCCUUUCGCUAAGAUGUUGCUGUUUUUGCAACUGCAAUUCAGGCCGGUAGCAAAAGAGGGCAGAGUGUGGGCUGUGUAUGAAGAUAUGUGGCAGUACCCCAUUCAACCCUGGUUAAUCCCUAUCAUUGCUCCACCUGCUUUCUGCUUGGUUCAUGCCACCAGUCCAGAGAAGACCCUUCCUUACCCCCUUGCCCACUCUUAUUCUUGAUGUACAACCCUGGGCCACUGGCAUCUUUCACUCCUGUAGUGUGGCCCUUGGGACUAUAGUGUGUAGGAAAGUGUGAUCAUCGACCCAUGUUCCAACCACUGCGGGCCUCCAUAUAACCCCGGUAUUGCCUCACCAAUUUCUCCUGAACAGUGGUGCCCAAACCAGACAGGAGCAACCCAUCAUCGUGGGGUAGCUUUAGCCACAAAUCCAUCUGGGAGUCAGCGGGGAGACUCCCCUUGGUCACAUGGAAUGGCCGCACUGUGGCCAGACCCUCAGCUCUGUCACUACUUCCAACCUUUCACUGGAGUAAGUGUGGCGGCAUGGUGGUGCAGAGAUGCACAGCGCCAGAGAGUCGGGUUCUAUCCCGACCUCGGGUGCUGUCUGUACGGAGUUUGCACGUUCUCCUUGUGACUGUGUGGGUUUUCUCCGCAUGCUCCUGUUUCCUCCCACACUCCAAAGACACACAGGGUUGCAGGCUAGUUGGCUUUGGUACAAAUUGUAAAUUUCCCAUAGUGUGUAGGAUAGUGUUAGUGGUCGGCGCAGACUCUGGGCUGAAGGGCCUGUUUCCGUGCUGUACCUCUAAAGUCUAAAGAAAGUAAAACUGCCAGGUCCUGUUAGAUUGCAGUACUUGGUAGAGGCCCGCCUUUACUGUGUACGGCAUGCCAAUGGUGCAGCAGGUCGAGCCACUGCCUCACUUCACUAGAGACCCGACCACAGACGCUGCCUGUGUGGAGUUUGAUGGCAUGGGUUUCCCCCCGAUGCUCCGGUUUCCUCCCGCAUCCUAAAGACAUGCGGGCUUGUAGGUUAAUUGACCCUCUGUGAAAUUCCCCUAGUGGGGAGUGGAUGGGAGUGUGGGAUAGCAUGGAACUAGUGUGUGAACGGGUGAUCAAUGGUCGGCGUGAACUAGAUGGGCUGAAAGGCCUGUUUCAAUGCUGUAUUAUUCAAUCCUUCAUAUUGGGGGCUGGCUGCUGAAGGGUGGGAGGGUGUUGUACACUGGCGUGGGGGAGGGAAGGGGGAGAGGCAU